AGGUUGCAAAACAGUUCCGAGCGCCAGGUUCCCCGUCCCAGCCCUGGGAUUGUUCCAUCGCACAGAGCAAGGGGUGCUCGGAAAGUUGAGGGCGUAUCAACAGUCGGAUGUGGGGAAGCGGAGGGGAGCUGAUGAUGGGUUGAGGAAGAAAAGGGGAGGACAGUAAGAGUGGGGCGUGAGGGCUGUUGAAAAAGAGGGGCUGGGACCUAACUCCGGAGGCAGGUGCACGCCCCUCUCUCCCUACCUGGGCUGGGUGGCCGGAGCCAGGUGCGGGAUCCAGGUGACUGUGGGUUUCGUUCUCGGCUCGGAGAGGCGCCCACACACCGAGAGACCGGCAAACGGAGAUGGGACUGCGGCUGGUGGCAGCCGCUCUCCUCGGGCUGGCAGGCCUCUCUGCAGCGAUCCAGGUGACGACUCCGGAUCCGUGGAAGGUGGCACUCCUCUUCCAGCCAGUCGUGCUGAAGUGCCAGUACGAUACCUCGGCUACCCAGCCGCCCACCGUGGUUUGGAAGUACAAGUCGUUCUGCCGGGACCGGGUGGCGGACGCCUUCAACCCCAGCAGUUCUGCCAACCAGGUCAAUGACCAGUUGCAGCAGGCCGACCCCAACUACAACCCGUACGUGGACUGCCCCGACGCCUCUCGUACUGUGAGGAUCGUGGCCUCCAAGAUGGGCAAAGCCGUCACGUUGGACAACUACUACCAGGGCAGGAAGAUCACCAUCACAGGCGACGCUGACCUCAGCAUCGAGCAGACAGCUUGGGGAGACAGUGGGGUUUACUACUGCACUGUGACUGCCUUUCAAGACUUGUCGGGGAACAACGAGGCUUAUGUUGAACUGCUGGUCCUUGGUAGAACAGGAGAGGCCUCAGACUUCUUGCCGGGUGUACAGAUAGGGGACAUGCCAGACUGGCUGUUCGUGGUGCUGGUGAUCCUGGGGGCCAUCCUGCUCCUGAUCCUGAUUAGCAUCUGCUGGUGCCAGUGUUGCCCCCACUCCUGCUGCUGUUACGUCCGCUGCCCCUGCUGCCCCGACAAGUGCUGCUGCCCCUAUGCACUGUACCAUGCUGGUAAGGCAGCCACUGCUGGAGUCCCCAGCCUCUACGCCCCCAGCUCCUACGCCCCCAGCGCCUACUCGCACCCGAGCCAGAUGAAGGUACCCGCCCCCCACCCCAUCAUGGUCCCCAUGACUCAGUUCGACGGAAGCUAUGGGUCGGAAUUUGAUGCAGCCAGUUCAGUUGGGAACCACAGCCGCGUUCCUCUCCUCCAUGACCAGGAUGCUGCCAGUUCAGUCCGCAGUGGUUAUCGGAUCCAGGCCAACCAACAGAGUGACGACAUGCGGGUGCUGUAUUAUGUGGAGAAGGAGCUGGCACACUUCGACCCUCGCUCUCCCGGAGAUCCCAGCGGCAAGUAUGAGAACACCUCUGCCAUGAGUGAGAUCUCCUCCCUCCAUGAGGACUACGCCCCUGGCCGGGACAAUCUGCGUGAACAGCUGGGCCGGGUGAGACAGGGGGCGCUGCCCCCACUCCGUGAUGUGGAAGAGGAAAGCGAGGCCAGCGGCUGGACUCCCCGCCGGGAUCGUGAGCGGUGGGGGGGCAGUGGAAGUGGGUACCGCCAACGUGCUCGCUCCAUGGAGAGCCUGGAUGACAUCGGCUGGCGGGAUCGUGGCUACCGGGACCGGGACCGGGACAACUACCGGGAGAGGGAGAGAGGCCGGGGCCGACUCGAAUCGGACAGCGAGGCAGGCAGCGGUUACCGCGGUCAUCCACGGGACCGCUCCCCGGAACGACGAGGACCCUAUGCCAGGAGGAGCAGGAGUCGAGACGACCUGACCGAGCUGGAGAGGGAACGGGAUCGCGGUCGCAUCCCUGCCCCGUAUUCCCGCCACGAUGACAACUUCUUGGAUGAUGUGCUGCGCCGUAAGGCCGGGGGAGGAGGAGGAGGGCGAAGGGCCUCGGAUAACGGCAGCACCUCCACCGCCCGCUCUGGGAACCGGAGGAGGCCCAGGGGAGAGGAGGAGGAUGAGGCGCUGCCUCUGCCCCCACCCUACACCGAGACUGAGUCGGUUACAUCCUCAUCCAGAGGAAGGAAUGAGAGGAGACUGAGGAAGAAUGACGCAGUCAGCCGGGAGAGUUUGGUGGUUUAGCAAGCAGACGGGUGAGAUCAAGCGGACCAACCCAAGUUAAAGCUUCAGGCAGCUCCGUUCGACUCCAAAGUUUUUAUAUACAGCAGGAUCCCAUCCACACCUGCCCUUUCUGUCACCAGCAACAUCCCGUCUGUUAAUUCCUGCGAGGGUACUUGCCAAGAAUCCGUUUCACUUUCCUCAAACCGGAGUCUAUCAGGAUCCACUGGAUAUUUUCUCAAGCCAGAUUUACCUUCCCCCUGCUCCCCCGUUCCGUUCUCUCCCCUUUCCACUUUCUCCUUUUCCAUUUCCCUCCUCUCUCCUGUUUCCCCUCUUUUUAUUCCUAGCUCUCACUCCCACUUUCCCAGUCUAUUUCCCUCUCUCUUAUUCACCGUUUUUCCCUCUCCCCUUCUCUUUCGUCUUUUCCUCACAUCCCCACUGAAUUUCUCAGUCUUCCUUUCCCCUUUUCCACCCACUCCCACCUCUCCUCUCCUUCACCAACUUCUGUCCUUAGCUUUUUCUCUCUCCCCCUCCUCCCUACCCCUUUUAUAACUGCUCACACACGGGCAGUGCUGGAAGCUGGCAUCUAACCCAGAACUCCGGACACGUGAGGCUAUGGUUCUACCCACUGUGCCAUCCUGCCUUCCUUCCCUCCCGGAGGAUUCUAUGUGAUGUUUGAUGCACUCUGGGUGAGGCACGACCCAGGAAACUCCAGAGCGCUGCAACAAUAUUCUGAGGAUUUAAUUGCUGGAGGCCAUUUUCAAAUCCCAGUGAUAUCAUCUGUACGUCAACAGCUUCUGGACCAGGACAUUAUGGAAACUUCUGUGCCCAUGUUUAAUUGCAAACACUUGUACAGCACAGUGAGAUUACUAAUGGUUUAUUUUGUAAAUUUUUAAAAAACUUUUUGAAAGAGAAAAACCUAAUUGUUUUUAAUGUACAGAUCUACCGCUGGUUCCUCUGAGGGUGAGAUUGUAACUGAGAGCAUGGCGAUGGGUGUGUUGUGAUCCCGUGCAUUCUCCAGUAUCCCAGGAGAGGGUGGGACAGUUCUAGGGCACUGAUCCUUGUGCUGGAGGCUUCCUCUGUCCUCUGAUCAACUGAUCCGUUGCAGUGUGGGGGGCUUAUAAUGAGGCUGUGUGUGUAUCUCCCCGGGCCCACAAACGCAGUCAGCAGGGAUGGAAUCCCGCAACAGAUGAAGUUGCUAAUGUGCGGAUUGGGGCAGGGUCAUAGUGACAGAGCUGUAAAGGGCUUCUGUGCCUGUGGGCUUCAGGGGAACUGGCUCAGGUUAUAUGUAUAGUGUUGGUGUUUGCGUAUGUGUGUUUUAAUGAGUGGGAGAGAUCCACACCCAGACAUUCCACUUCUCCCGGAGGUUCCGAGAGUCUUCCGCAUAUUGAUAGCGGCUCCCUGAUGCCCACAAAUUACGUACAAUAUUUUGGAAAUUGAUUUUUUUGAGAGGGAGAGGAAGAGCUAGAGCAAGAACGAGAGGGAGCAUGCUGAUUGGUCUCUCUUCGUGCUAAGUAGACCUAUCAGUUUUCUCUGGGUGGGCUUUACAGUUGACCUCAAAAAUAAUGACAGUGUUGCUCGCUGUACUGUUUGCAACAGUGACUUUUCUAUUGCUCGUGGUGGGUUAAAUGACUGUAAAAGACAUGUUGAGGUGAGUUUAACAGGUGUUAUUCAUUCAUUAGCAUAGCUAACGGUAUUUAAACUAGCUGGCUCGCUGCUGAGGAGCUACUGUAUUGAUGUCCUACGUGAUGAGGCCAAACUCCCUGUGGACUUGCUUAAAGUUGUAAUAGAAUAAAUAAAAACAACACCAUGAUAACAUAAGUACAUAUUUUAAUGUCACAUUUUCUGCGUAUACCCAACUUGGUUUACAGAUGAGACAAAAUGACUAAGCAAAGUAUUACAUACACCCUUGGAGGUCGACUGGUUGGGGGGGGUUUGCUACCUCCCUUUUGCAGGGUGGGAUGUCUGCAUUCCCCACUGAAGGGGUGGGUGGGUGUGUGUGUGUGUGAGAGAGAGAAGAUUUAGAGCCUUCAGUUCUAUCUGGGAUUCCCCCCCCCCCCCCCCCCCAACCCUGGAACCUGUCAAAUCAGUGACUGGACGCUGGAGAUUGCUUGCGUAUAUUAAAGAUAUUUUUUAUUUCAUCUUAGUUUUUUUACAGUAAGAGGCUUUCCUGAUCCAUUUUAGAAUUGGUAAAAAUAAAGAGAGGAUUUUUAUCAGCU